UAAUAUCCUACAAUUUCUAAAGCAUCUUUUAAGAAUGUUAUUACACUUUCCUUUGUCCUUGUAAAAGCCUGGUGGUUAACAGUGAAAAGUGUAAUUGUCCUCUUUUACAUGUGGGAAAAUUGAUACACAGGACCAUUGUAGCUAUUUAGGGGCAAAGUUAACCAGGGUUAUUUUUUCUAAAAUGGCUCCAUAUUUCUCUUGGCUUUGUGUUUAGUGUGAGCAGAAGGUGUUAAUAGAAAUUGGGAUAACAACUGAAUUAAAGACUUAUUCUCUUCUUUGUCUACUUAUCCUAGGAAUACUAAUGUAAUGGCUGGGGGAAGGAACAGUACAAUAGUUACAAAGUUCAUUCUCUUGGGAUUCUCUGAAUUUCCAAAGCUCGCCAGUGUUCUUUUUUCAAUAUUCCUAGCGAUCUACCUCAUGACUGUGUCCUGGAACCUAGGCCUCAUCACUCUCAUCAGGGUGGACUCACAUCUGCACACACCUAUGUACUUUUUCCUCAGUAACCUGUCCCUGCUGGACAUCUGCUAUGUUUCCACUAUAGCACCCAAGAUGCUCUCAGAUUUCUUCAAGAAGCAGAAAUACAUCUCCUUUGUGGGGUGCACUAUACAGUACUUCUUCUUCUCUAGCCUGGGUCUGACUGAGUGCUGUCUCCUGGCUGCCAUGGCUUAUGACCGAUAUGCUGCCAUUUGUAAUCCUCUGCUCUACACCGCCAUCAUGUUGCCCACCCUCUGUGUGCAGAUGGUGGGGGGAUCUUGUGUAAUUGGAUUCUGUGGCUCAUUUAUCCAACUGUAUGCCUUACUUCAGCUUCAUUUCUGUGGGCCAAAUGUCAUCAACCAUUUCUUUUGUGAUCUUCCCCAGUUGCUGAUCCUAUCCUGCUCUGACACCUUUUUCUUUCAAAUCAUGACCUCUGUGCUCACAGUGAUCUUUGGGCUCACAUCUGUCUUGGUUAUCAUGAUAUCCUACGGUUAUAUUGUUGCCACCAUUCUGAAGAUCACCUCAGCUGAAGGCAGGUCCAAGGCCUUCAACACCUGUGCUUCUCACCUGACAGCUGUGGCUCUCUUCUUUGGCUCAGGUAUCUUUGUUUAUAUGUAUCCUAACUCUGGUGAUUCCCUGAGCCAAAACAAGUUGGCAUCAGUUUUAUACACUGUUUUAAUCCCCAUGCUAAAUCCAUUGAUCUAUAGCUUGAGGAACAAGGAAAUCAAAGAUGCCCUAAACAGAAGGAAGAAGAGAAUCUUUUUCUGUUGUUACUAAUUAUGGAAUUUAUUUCAAAUGUACAGUAUAGGAAAAACUGGUGACUAAAACAUUGAACCACAACUGUCCUAACUGUGGGAUGAAUUACAGUUGCUUCACUCUCCCAGUAUAAAUCCAUGACUGGCACAAGGACUAGAAAAUGCAUGAAAAGUAACUGGAAGCUCAACAUCUCCAUCCUUCAUCAGUUAUGAACCAAUACAUCGAAAGGCCAAACAAUUCACACUGUUUUUGUAGCUAGUUGUGGCGGUAUGACCCUUCACCUUCAAUAUUCCAUCUCUACCUAGUGUUCUACCUCAAGAACCAGAGAUGCCAGUACUGAUCAAGGCUGCCAGGAGACCAGCAUGUGUCUUUAUGGCAACUCAUUUUAGGU